UUGCACGUGAUCUCAGUUUGUUUACAAUGGUUGAUUGAAAUUACUUGUAGCAAAAGUAAAAAUAUAUCUAAUGGGAAAGGUGUCCUUUCAUCAUUUAUGACAGACGUUCACGACGUGCUGAUCUUUUCACAGAUAACUUCUGAGAAAACGGGAAAUUGUUACGUUUAGUGAUAGAUAAAUAAUGAAUCAAGAGUCGAAGAGAAGCCAGGGGACAAAUUUGUUAAGUAAUGUUGAUUGGCAAAUAAACUGUGUCGAAUAAUAAUAAGACCUAAACUUCUAAAUUUGUUUUAUUUUAAAGUAUAGGCCUACGGUGCAAUUCCUUCAACAACAUGUAUGGUUUUCUUCAAUUUCUAUGUUUGAUACUACUACAAGUAGUCGCCAGUUAUGAUGGACAAUAUUAUGAUGAUCAAAGUUCAUUGACGGGUGGGACUGUAUGGUCAGAUGAAGCAGAUAAUUCUUCCUCUAGUAUUAUGGAUUCCUGUCAAGCCAAUCUAAUAUAUUUUGCUGAAUCAGCUUCAAAUUUUACAAAUUGUUUAGUGAUGAAUUCUAGACCAUUUAGAUUGUGUGAAGGGUGUGUUAUUCCUUACAAGAAAGCAACAGAAAUAUAUCAGGCUUUGUUUGAUAAGAAGGGUGAUGACUGCCAUGACAAGUUAUUACGUUCAGAUAGAAUUCAAGCCUUAACUUUAGUUAAUAAAAAUAUGGAAGAUGUUUGGAAUAAUGCUGAUUGUGAAAGUUGUUUUGAAAGUAUAGAUGAAGAUAAAGAAACCGGGAAUGUUAAUUUCACACUAACCAAGGAUACUGUGCUCUUUCGCAGAUAUUAUGAUACUUUUCGACAAUGUCUUAAUGCAACACCAGGUGCUGAUAUUCCAUUAUUAUUAAAAAACGGUAUUAACAAAACAAAUGUUUCAGCAUGUAUAGUAUGUAAACAGAAUUAUUCAUCUUUAAAUGCUCACUAUGAAACCAUAGUGUCUCAAACAUUCCAACGUGUAUGUAUGGAUAUUAUUGAUAUGAUGAAUUAUAGCAGAUUAACAUGGGGCAAUGACUUACAGUGUUCUCAUAGACAUGGUGAUUUGGGACCAAUACUAGGCAUAACAUUUGUUAUGUGCAUGCUACCAGCAAUAUUUUAUAUAAGCAACAGAAUAUUUGGUGCUGCGCAGGAGAAGAGUAUUGUGACACAGAAAAGGCUUAAAAUGCCAGUAAAAGAUUAUGGUUCAAGACAAGAACAAAAUUUAUCAAGUAAUUCUUCUUCAUCUUAGCAGUGUCUGAAAAAAAAGAUAAAAAUAGAUUUUUCCACAAAUGAUUUUAAUUCAAGUCAAAAUGUCAACUUUACAGCAUAAACUCUUUAUCACAGUCAAAUUUAAUAUCACAGAUGUACAUUAAAUACAAUAAAUAAUUAUACAAACACAAAUUCAAAUGAAAGAGAUGAAUUAUUCCUUUUAAUACUCAUGUUUUCUUACUUUUAUGUACAGUGCAGUUAUAGAACCAAAUCAAAGAAAUCAUGCAUUCUUAAUUUUGUUAUUUUUUUUUUAAUUUAUACCAAUAUUUAAUACAUGUGCUUAUUAAAUA